AUGGUCCGCCUAAAAAACCGCUACCUCCUCCUAGACAUCCUCUACCCAGACUCAACAACAUGGCCCUCCUCCAAAACGGGCUUUUCCGGACCUCACGCCGCACAACUAGCCAUCCACGCCCCGACCUCUGACGCGUUGACGCCCGGUUUACUCGCAAAGAUGAUCCGCGAGGAAGUCGGGGAGAUGUAUGGGGAUUGGGGGGUUGGUAAAUUGGGUGGUGCUUCUGCGAUGGGUGUUCAAGUUAAAUAUCUCUCCCCCGCAACGUCAACGGCAAUAAUCCGCUGUCCCCGCGCCUCAUUCCGUCUCGUCUGGUCCGCGCUCACGUACAUGUCGCACGUCCCCGCCGUAACGGAACCGGGAACCGGCGCGGGCCAGAGAAGACCUAACGGGGGCCGUGAACGACCUUGCGUUUUCCGGGUUCUCAGGGUAUCCGGCACGAUGCGGAAGGCGGAGGAGGAGGCUAUUCGUCGGGCGAGACGGGAGAUUGUGCGGGUGAGGGGUGUGGAGGAGAAGGGUGUACUUGGGGAUUUGAUUUCUGGGGUUGAGAGGGGGAAGGCGGUUGUGACGAGUGUUAUGGAUGUGAGUGAGGAUGAGGAUGAGGGGAUGUUUGAUGAUGAUGAUUGA